GAAGCGGAGGAAUAUGGUGUUAACAGGGCAAGGAUCAGACAUUAGCUUGCAGUAAUUUCAUUUUCCGGACGGAUCGGACGCUGGGGUACUGGUUACCGUUGAACUAAGACGAAGACAUUCAAAACACAGCAGACGACAAAGUGGGCAGGAUGGCGCAGAAGGUGCUGGUGACGGGUGGAGGUGGCUACAUCGGCAGCCACUGUGUGCUGGAGCUGAUCGAGGCCGGGUUCUGCCCCGUGGUCGUGGACAACUUCAGCAAUGCUGUCAGAGGAGAGGGUGAUGUUCCUGAGAGCCUGCGUAGGAUAGAGGCCAUUUUGGACACCAGCAUCGAAUUCCAGGAGCUGGACCUGCUGGACCGGCCGAGCCUGGAGAAGAUCUUCCAGAAGCACAAGUUCUCAGCAGUGAUGCAUUUUGCGGGUCUGAAGGCGGUGGGCGAGUCUGUGGAGCAGCCGCUACGGUACUACCGGGUCAACCUGACCGGAACCAUCAACCUGCUGGAGGUGAUGCAAGCUUACGGGGUACACAAUAUCGUGUUCAGCAGCUCUGCCACUGUGUACGGGGACCCCCAGCGGCUGCCCAUCGACGAGGAUCACCCCGUGGGGGGGUGCACCAACCCUUACGGCAAGACCAAGUACUUCAUCGAGGAAAUGAUCCAGGAUCAGUGCCAGGCCGAAAAGGACUGGAACGCUGUGCUGCUGCGGUACUUUAAUCCCAUCGGUGCUCACUCCUCAGGACGCAUCGGAGAGGACCCUCAGGGGAUCCCCAACAAUCUGAUGCCCUACGUCGCUCAGGUAGCUAUUGGGAGAAGGGAACACCUCAAUGUGUUUGGGAAUGACUACAACACUCCUGAUGGGACUGGAGUGAGAGAUUACAUCCAUGUGGUGGACUUGGCUAAAGGACACAUCGCUGCUCUCAAGAAGCUGAAUGAAAACUGUGGGUGUAAGGUUUACAACUUGGGCACCGGCACUGGCUACUCUGUCCUGCAGAUGGUGAAGGCGAUGGAAAAGGCCUCAGGCAGAGAGAUCCGGUACAAGAUUGCCCCACGCCGCAGUGGGGACAUAGCAUCCUGCUACGCGGAUCCCCGCCUAGCAGAGAAGGAGCUGGGCUGGAAGGCAGACUUUGGGCUAGAGAAGAUGUGUGAGGAUCUGUGGCGCUGGCAAUCCCAGAAUCCCACUGGGUUCACUAAUGGCCCAGUGUCCUGAGGCUGUCGUUUCCAACCUCACUGUACGUUGGUCACAUAACUAGACCAAGCAUCUCUCUGACUAUGAAGCCGGGCCAAAGCAAAUCAUGCAUUUUCUCAUUUUUAUGAAUACACAGGGAUUCUUUCCAGGAAAAACAACUGUGUGUGUGUCUGUACAUGUAUAUACGUGUAUAUAAUAUAUACACACACAAAAACAUAUAUAUGAAUAUAUGUAUAUUUAAACUGUAAAGAACCCUAUAAAGAAGAUGAGAAAUGAUAUCUCAUAUCAUAUUUUAUAUUGUAUUUAAAACAAUAGCCAGCUGUUUUCUUUACUCUUACAUUUCUCAUGAAAUUUGGAAGCAAAUAGGGUUGUCCACCUGUCCAUCUUCUCUGUACUUCUGUCCAUUUGCCCACCUCCUCUGUGCUUCUGUUCAUCUCCUCUAUCUUCUUUUUUA